AAACAACGCCAAUUUGUUACAAUUGAAGUGAGCUUAAUACCAACACUGGAUAAGACAAUACCUGAGAGAUCAGUAGCAGUUUAACCGUUGAACGUUGCAUACCCCAAAAAGUACGGUCGGUUUUCGUGCGGGCCGAGAGCUUACAGCAGAAGCAGAAGUUUUUGGUAUUCACUUAAAUCCAGCAAAAGUCAGGAGUAAUAUUCGGUUACAUUUUUUGUCGUUUGGGUGUUUCAAAAACUUAAGCUAUAGUUGCCAUUGUAGGAUUUGUUUUGUUGAUGUUAAACGUGAAAACACCAAUUUACAACAUUUUUCCGAUUUUAUUUACAUGUUUCGGCGUGGCCGAUUCGAUUGACUCCUACCACUCCACCAUCCAACACUUGAAACAACAACAAUUUGGAAAUUCGUAUUUUUUUCGGUUAGAAUUGUAAAAAAUGAAAACGAAAGCUUGAGAAAAUAAAACAAAAAUUAAAGGUAAUAUUGAAAUAUCGCAACCUUGUUAAUCAUUUUGAAAGUGUUGGUGAAUCUAGCAAAAGGUCACGCUCGAAACAAAAAAUAUAUAUACAACAAAUAUGAAAUAACAUCAACAAUCUAACCACAAACAUAUGUAUGUACGUAUCGUGUUUAAUUAUAAAUAGACAAUCCAAAAAAAAAAAAACAAUAUAUGAAAAAAGUGACUACACACCACAAAAACCCAAAAGUACACACGAAAACAACUUGAACAAGCCCAAAAAUAAAAAUAAAUAAACGUUCGCUUAGACAUCCAUCCAGAUAUUGGAGUGGUUAUACUCUCACAUCCAUAGAAACGUUCGUCGCCAACUUAUUCGUACUCUUCGUACUCAAAAUAAACUUGUUUCCAGCAGCAAGAAAGCGCGGCGGACGCGCAACAUCAGUGUGGACAUUCAAACAAACAACAUUUGCCUCGGAUGUCAACUGCAACGCGGGCAACGUAAAACGGCAAAGGGGCCUCGAUCAUUAAAGUAGCUUGCCUCCCGACAUUCGCAACUAUUCGUCCGCUUGCACACCAACUCAUUGUCGUCGUUAUUCAUCGGAUAUACAGACGACAGUGCUCCAUUGUAGCAUUGGAUAAAAUUCGCUUUACCCACCAUAUGAUCGGUUCCAAACAGACAUUCUCUGGCAGAAACUUAAAACAUAGUCAAAUAGGAGUGGUAUAUGUGUGUCCUCCUUGCCUCAACACUCGCAACAAUCGGUGUUACUCCGUGCUGGUUAAUCGUCUCCCAUGCAUGUCCAACAAGUUGGUCUAGUGUAAACUGUUGUUCUGUCUCUUUUUUUUUUUGGUAUAAACAAACAAAAGCAUAAACAUAUUUUUCAUGCAGAUGUAUUGCGUAACUCCGAUUUUUGCCACAGGAAAUUUGGAUGAUAUCAACUGAAAGAAUAAAAUCCCAGACUAUACAACCAAGCUGCCAACCAACCAACUCACCUCUCAGCGACUUACAUGCAUGUGAUAUAAUAUUCGGGGUGAAAAAUUAAGCAACAUUAGGCCACAAAAGUACAAAAUAUUUUGACGCUAAUUCGGCAUCGAGUACGAUCGCAUUCUCAUAACGCCAGCAACAGCAGCGUUUCUUUCCAAUACAGUACUCGAGUGGCGGUGAGCAGCAUGUUGCCUCGGAUAUAUGUGACGUUUUUCGUAUUGUUUGGAUUUCUUUUAAGUACCGAUUGUCGGGAGACAGUACGUUCAAAAAGGGCAAAGAGACCCAGAGCUCCGGCUACAAUAAUUUUUGAGCCCGAACCACCACAAGAUUUGGAAAGUGAUGAUAAUGGUAAUCCUGAUAAAGACAUUCCAGAAAUACCAACGAAUUUUUUAAGUCCCUCGGUACGAGAAUAUCUGGAGUUGGGAAAAUCAAUACCAGGACGACCCGGUGUAGAUUAUCCCAUAUUGUCGGCAAUUCCAUACACAAACUUCUACUGCGAUGAACAACCGUAUCCAGGAUUCUUUGCAGACAUGGAGACCCGGUGUCAAGGUUGGCACUACUGCGAUAUUGAUGGUCGGCAGGCAUCGUUCUUGUGUCCAAACGGAACACAAUUCUCGCAAGCCGUUUUUGUUUGUGACUGGUGGUUCAAUGUGCGUUGCGAUUUGUCGCCAAGGCUCUAUGCGAUAAACGCUCGUUUAUAUCAGCGUCCAAAAGUGAAUCCAACUCGGCCACAUCGAAUUAUAACAAAGGAAUUGCUUGAAGACAUCUUCAACUGAUUGCAGAGAUUCCCAACGAACAACUAUCCUAUUACAUCUCAUUGUCUACAUCUCCCUCACACAUCUCACUUACCCGCCUAUCACUCUCUUCUUUACUGUUAAGGUGCUUAAAAAUAUUAUUUAGUUGCAAUAUUAAGAUAAACCCUUGAAAAUUUUCCAAUUUCCUAAAUAUGUACAGUUUUAGUUUUGGUCUCAGCAUAAAUGUAUCGGGGGAGCAAAGAGAAAGUUUUUUCAUUGGAAUUUCCGUUUUGUGGUGUCAAUUGGAUUUUAGAAAUGUUUGAAAAUUGAGGGUAACAUAUUUUUGAUCGAUGGAUACCCAGAGCAAGUAAUUCUCUUUGCUUCGUUGAAUUUUGUUUUUAGUUAGUAUAGAAUACUUUGACAUUCAAAGUGAAACCGUAAAUAUGCUUUCAGUGUAAAUAUAAAUAAAGUAAAAACUAAUAUCCGUUUCAUAGUAUUGUCCAUGUGUAUAUUUAUGUAAAUUCAUGUAAAUAAUAAUAAAGUUACAUUUUUCCAUUUCCAUAA